CGCAGAUGACCCCGCUCAGCCUCCGUAUCACCCUUAUUCCGGAAUACUAGGAACCACUAAGUCACGUGACCUUGGCGGAACAGGAAAAACUGUGCACGAGGACGAGUGACGUCAUGACCGUGCGCCGGCCCGCUUACCAGGCAGCUCUUUGCGGAGACCGCAGUAAUAUAUUGGCUGCAGCUGAACUUGCUGGUUUCACAUUGAGCAAUGUAAAAGAUGGCAUUAAAAUAGAUUAUGCCAAGAAACUGCUGCAAAUGAAAAAGAAAGAGACCAGCCUUAUACUGCAUGCUUCAACGAUUGCAGAAUAUUUAAAAGUACAACGUAUUCCAAGAGGUUUAAGAAGCUCCUUAACUCCUGCAUUACUAAUGGAAGACCGAGAAUACAUCAUAAAAUGGUAUGCACUCUGUAAUGCCCAUUCUAUGGAUUUGAUGUUCCUUACUGUGCAACACCUACAGGUUUCCAUCAUUGAUAUCCAAAAAGAAAUAAAGAAAAUGGAAAAGGAUUUAAAAAAAGAGUCUACAAGUGAAUAUAUGGAUAAAAUAAUGAGAGAAAUUCGAGAUAACAUUAGUAAACUGAGAGCCUCAAUAUUACAGACUAAACUAACAAAAUUUGAGAGAGAUACGAAAGACUAUCAAUUGGACCGUGUCUACACCUGGGCAGAGGAAAGACGCAAGACUUGUAGAAGGGAGUGGAACCUCAAUAAAACAUCUUCAGGUGAUCUAUUUUGGUCAGACAGCGGUGUGAGUCUAGGAGAGAGAAGCACUACAAGUCAAAAGGGAGGAAAUAUCAAACAGCAAAAGGAAUUACAAGGAGCAAGACCGAAAGAAAGAAAACCAGUUAGGGAUUAAAAGAAAAAAAUCCCUGAAAUAAAAGGAGAGGCAAAGACAAGAAGUGCUAAAAAACUCCAAGAAGUAAAAAAAUUCCAAGAAGAUAAAGAAGAGAAUAUGUCUCGCGAGAAUUGAUGACUAUGUAAUUAGUGAUGGGUUCACGGUAGGGGAUACUUGAGAAAGAUGGCGUGUCCCUCGAAACGUCAGGGAAGUGUCCGGCGCUCAUUAAGCGGACUCCUUCGUGAGAGGAAGGUCCUCUGAACUCCAUAUGCCCGUCGAAGGGCGAAGAUUCAAUGGAGCUCUGAUGGACAGCUGCGUAUAUCAGUGAGCACUUGGGGUGAAUAUUGAUCGUCAUUUUCUACUUGAUGAUUGUUGUCUGAAGACUGCUACUUUUAAGAUAAAGAACUUUUAAACGCAGAAAGCACUUUGUGAUUUCUUCAUUUGUGAAUACAUGUCUAAACAUGGAUUGAGCCUCCAUUACCCAAAUCACAACCACCCAUGUGCACUAUCAAGGUAUUAACACUUUAUUACCUAUGGACUUUGUUGCUUCUUAUACCUUGUGUGAAUAUUGGACAUAGAAACAGUCUAAAAAUGUCCUUUUGAAGUAAUUUCUAAGAGCACUGAUAAAAACGCUGAUACCUUCACUUUCUCUAAAGGAGACCGCAGUAAUAUAUUGGCUGCAGCUGAACUUGCUGGCUUCACUUUGAGCAAUGUAAAAUAUGGCAUAUCCAAGUCCCUGCUAUUAAAAGGCAAAAAUAAACUGUUAGCAAAUGACACGACAGACCUUGGUGGUAAUAACCUUGUGGUGCCAAAUCACCGGUAACCAGACUACACUCAUAAGCACCUUACCUGGAGACUAACCAUACCUUAAACAGCCAAGCUUCUGACUCAAAGACUGGUCUCAGGAGUGCCAUCCCACUAUGUGAGACCCAUUCCUUCAUCACCAUCAUUCCCAUAGUCGUGCCAGGUCUUUGUGUAACCAUCAUACAUGUAAAUGUGACAAGUCUUUUCGAAACAUUGUGCCUGUAGACGUGACAGGUCUUUGCACAACCAUGGUGCCUGUAGACGUGACAGGUCUUUUCGGAAUCAUUGUGCCUGUAGACGUGACAGGUAUUUGCGUAACCAUCGUGCCUGUAGAUGGGACAGGUCUUUUUUUGUAACCAUCGUGCCUGUAGACGUGACAGGUUUUUGUGUAACCAAUGUGCCUAUCAACCAUCGUGCCUGUAGAUGUGACAGAUCUUUGCGUAGCCACCGUCCCUGUAGACAUGAGAGGUCUUUGCAUAACCAUUGUGCCUGUAUGGGUAAUCAUUGAGCCUGCAGACGUGGCAGGUAUGAAGGGUAUACACCCACCUAUGUGUCAUGAUGUUGUUGCUCUGAAGAUGUGUCAGUAACCACAACUACGCAAUGCAUCCCCCUGCAGACAUGGCAGGUAUAACGGGUCUGCAACUGCAAUAUGCAGAUUGUGCUCCUGCAGACAUGGUGAGUACCAUGAUGUCAACCACUACUAAAGUAGGGCAUACCCCUGGAAAAGGUAGAUGCGGAGUGUAACAUGACAAGCUGAUUCCAAUGCUAACAAAUGGGUGAGACUGACAUGGUGACAUAUGUGAAAUGAAUGCUAUUAUUGCUGAGUGUAACAUAUCGCUGUAGUAAUAUAUAGCUGGAACUUCUACUGAACUAACAACCAUGGUAAAAUAACUAAAAAACAUAUGCGUGAUUUCAAAAUGUCUAACACAUUCGUGGGGAGCCGGUUAUAGUAAUGUAGUGAGCUUCUCUAACGUAAAGCUGUUAUGGACCUAACAAGAGUAUGCAUGUAAUUCUAGC